AUGGCCUCCUCGCCCACGGGCUCCGCAACCCCCUUCUCGGACUACACGAGCAGCCGCAGCAACCGCGGCCUCGGUGACAUUGAUGUCCUGGACGUCUACAUCCUCAAGCACGGUGCCGAUCCCGUGCUCGUGCUGCUGCCAGUAUCACGCAUAGGCACAUAUGCCGAAUUCCUCUCCGUCAUAAAAAACGACCUGCACCCGGGCCUCGCCGACGACAAGGACGCAGUCACGCCCCUAAUCUACACCAUGGACCCCUACAUGACCAUCUCCCUUCUCCGCCCCACCCUCUGGCCCGACCUGAUCCCGUACCUGCGCGGCAAGCGGCUGCUCGUCCUCCCCGGCGACUCCCCCGCCCCCACCACUCCCGCCGCAGCAGCCACGGAAGAAAAGCACAAGCGCUCACAAACCUCGUGGACGCAAUACCUAACGCCCAAAUCCGCGCCCACAACCCCAGAGACCACCCGCAUCAGCGUCGACGCCUCCCCCGCCCGCGCCCACACGCUCCCAGCGCUCCCAGCGCUCCCACCACCCGCACCAGCACCAGCACCGCCAACGCCCGACGCCGCACGCACAACAGCGCCCGAGGUGUUCUACACCCCCGAGACAAUCCGCACGGCGGCGGCCCCCGAGCCCGUCCCCGCCCCCGCCCCCACCAACGCGCGCCGCACGAAAGCGCCGUCGCAGCUGCCGACGGCAGCAGGCGGCGGGCACCCGCGCGGCUUCCGCCCGCUGACGCGCACCGAGUCGUUUCUCAAGCCGCCCGAGUUCGGCUUCGACAUCUCGCUGUGGUGCCGGUUCGCGCCGGCGUACAAGCCGGGGCUGCUGAUGCAUGUGCAGUUCCGCGAGAUCACGCUGCAGGUUGUGCCGUCGCAGCCCGGGGGGCUGGAUGUGGGCGCGGUCAUGAAUAAGGCGGCGUCGGCAAUCACGAACAUGGUGCGGCGGCAGGGGUUUCUAAGGAUGACGAGCUCGUUUCGGGAGCUGGCGGUGCGGCCGGGGGCGCUGAGGAUGGCGUUGGAGGAUUGGCCGUCGGUGGGGGGGUUGGUGGUGGGGGUGGAGACGCUGAGGUGGGUGGCGGAGCCGGUGGUGCUGUUUUGUGAGGUGGGGGAUGUGGAGUUUGUGAGGGAGGGUGGGGGGAGGGAGGAUCCGAGGAGGUUAGGGGAGGCGAGGAGGGAGGAGGGGAGGAGGGACGAGGCGAGGAGGGAGGAGGGGAGGAGGGACGAGGCGAGGAGGGAGGAGGGGAGCAGGGACGAGGCGAGGAGGGAGGAGGGGAGCAGGGACGAGGCGAGGAGGGAGGAGGGGAGCAGGGACGAGGCGAGGAGGGAGCCAAAGCCGAUGCCGAUUCCAAAGAAGGGUAGGAAGGUGAAGAGAGUGCAGGUUGAGAGUGAGGAUGAGGUGGAUUGA